UUUUUGAAAGCCGCCUCCUGCUUCCGUAUCUUCUUCCCCUUCGUCUCCCCCAGCACACAACCGAAGCCACGGUGCGACGCGACAGAUAACCCCUGCGGGCAGAAGCACAGCGAAAGCUCGCUCUUUUUGGCCCCCCCGCCCUCCUAGGGUUUCGGCCCACCCCCCUCCCUGCGCCCCCGCUUCGCGCCGUCUCCCGAUUUGAUCCUCCCAAUUCCCCCGAUCUGGGGGAGGAGUAACCCGGUGGCGGCGUCGUUGUUGAUGACGUGGUCUCGUUGACAGAUGUGCGAGAUGAAGGUGGAGGAGCGCGGCGGGUGCACGGAGAGCCGGCAGCAUCUGGAGUUGUCGAGUCCAUCGGCGUCGGAAGAGGGGAGCUAUGGCGGUUACGCGCGGAUGUCUCCCGCGGUGUCGAGCCCCGCGGAUUCCAUCUCCGGUCGUAGGCGAACAAGUGGCCCUGUAAGGAGAGCUAAGGGUGGUUGGACACCUGAAGAGGAUGAAACGUUGCGCAAGGCAGUUUAUGCUUUCAAGGGUAAAAAUUGGAAGAAGAUAGAACUCAUGUUCCACCCCUAUAGGAUUUGAGGCGCAUUUUGAAGAUGAGUUACUCAUAACAUGAAAGCUGAAUCUUUUCCUGAUAGGACGGAAGUACAAUGUCUACAUAGAUGGCAAAAAGUUCUUGACCCUGAACUAAUAAAAGGGCCUUGGACACAAGAGGAAGAUGACACUAUUGUCGACAUGGUGAAGAAGCACGGGCCAAGGAAAUGGUCUCUUAUAGCAAAGUCACUAGAUGGUCGUAUUGGUAAACAGUGCCGAGAGAGAUGGCAUAAUCAUUUGGAUCCACAAAUAAGGAAAGAAGCUUGGACUACUGAGGAGGAGCAAGUGCUUGUUAAAGCUCAUCAUUUGCAUGGUAAUAGAUGGGCAGAAAUAGCAAAACUUCUUCCUGGAAGGACAGAUAACUCAAUCAAGAACCAUUGGAACAGUUCAGUGAGAAAAAGGAUAGAUGACUACAGUACCAGGACAGUGAUGCCAGUUCCACUACAUGCCACUCAUAUUGAUUUGAAACAUGCAGCAGAGCUGUCAUCUGCUGAGAACCAUAUUGACUUGAAUAAAGAGCCAAGUAUCAGCUUGAAAGACCGCCCGGUAAUAGUUGAUCACUCUGAUCUUAUCCAGAGUCCACGGGUAUGCAGUUUGAAAAAUAUCAAGGGCUGUUCAGACUUCCUCUCUCUUGCCAUGCCAACAGCUCAGCCUUUAACAUUAUGCGAGGCAUCAGUGUCUGAUGAUUCUGCUGUUGCUUUAGCUAUAAUGGGGCUGAAAAUGGAUUCUGGUCAUGACAAGGACAUGCAACUAAAAUGUGUUUCUGAGAACAGUCUGGAAAUCAGUUUAUCAAAUGAGAGGGGCCUGAAAAUUGAUCUCAUAACAAAUAAAAUGAGACCUUCAGGACUAGGUAAGUCAGAAGGUGAGAUAGCCAACAUUGGAUGUGAAUCACCCUCUCAGAAUGAAGCUGGGUCCUUAGGUUCUCUUUGUUAUUGGAUACCUAUGCUGGAUGAUACUGACCUUGCUCAUUCCCCAGUUUUCUCAACACAUAAUGUACGGGAAAACUCUGGGAUUGGAUUUCAAUCACCCACUGGUUAUACUACUCCCUCUCCCACAGAGGGAAAGAAAUCAGACCAGCUAAGUGUUGAAUCAAUAUUGAAGAGCGCCGCUGAAAACUUCCCAAGUACUCCUUCUAUACUGAGGAGAAGAAAAAGGGAGAAACCAACGCCUGCUCAAGAUUGUGAGCUUAGGAUUGAGACCAAUAGUGAUAGUUUUGAGACUCCUAUAGGGAACUUCACUACAGAUAGCCCACAUUCAUUUAAAACUGCAUCCUUUUUGUCCUUUAGCCAUCUGGAUGACCAGGGGUUGCCUGCUGAUUUGGGGAAGUGUGAUGUUUCCCCUUCAUACCGACUAAGGUCAAAAAGAAUGGCUGUCUUGAAAACCAUUGAGAAACAUCUAGAUUUUUCGUCUGAUGCAAUGGAUAUUUGCGAUACUUCUGGGGUUUUGAAAUCUGCAUGCCGGAAUUCUGAAAGCAUCAAUUCCAGCACAGAUAUUUCGAGCGUGGAAGAUGAGAAAAUGGGUGCUGGGCAUAUGAUUGGAUUGGAAACUCUAAUCAAUGACUUUGCACACACAAGAAAGUUAGAUGCAAGCUAAUUAUGCAGUAUUCAGAGUCAGAAACAGCAGGUGUUCUGCCGAAGAGGACAAGAAGACCUCAUAGACAGUGACCAGGGAAACAUAACCUUUUGCAGUUGUUUAUCUACCGGGUACAGAAGAAUCAUUUGCCUCGCCAUCUCUCCUUGACGGGGUGUAUAUUCCAGUGAUACUUUUUCAACAGAAAAACAUUUCUUUUUACAAUCUGUGAGCUCAUAGUUAGCACAGCAAUUUUAGGAAAUCAAACUGUGUACAAUUUAAAAUAAAUCAUACUCCAGCUUUUACAGACUUGCAGUUCAAUAAGAUUCCUGGUAGUUAUUUUUCAAUCAACGUCUGUACUGGGCUCUACAAGGACUUGUAAUCUCUUCUCAUUGUAUACCUUCUCUUACGGAGUUCUGAUGGUUCAUAGGUCA